AACAAUAAGCGAACAAAACAAGAAAUUUGCAGAACAACAACAUAAUGAUUUUCCUUCCUUUUUUAUUUACUUAAAAAAGCCUUAAUGUCUUUUUUAAAUCUCUUCCCAUAAACCAUCUCCAAAAUCCCACUUUAGCAAUUAUUUUUUUCCUCAAAGAAGAUCUUGUUUUUGCAUAGUGCUGGUCUUGAAGCUCCUUCAGUUUUUGUGGUUAAAUUAUCGAGGGAACUUAAGAGAAACCGGGUAUUUCAAUUAUUACGAGAAGGGAAUGAUCAUUUGGUUCGAAGAUGAUGGAGGUCAACGCUGGAUAUUCCCGUUCGAAUGAGAAACAACUGCCAGAGUGUCGAAAAUCUGCUGAUAAAGGGAAAAAGCCAGCAGAAAAAGAUGCAAGCGCUUCUGCAUUUGUAAACCAUGCUGCAAUCUCUUGGCACGAGAACAGAAGAAAGUGGACAGGAGAUAAAUCUCAAAAAGCACGAAAGAUCAGUAAGGAUCAAGUUAUAAGCUGGUCUACAACAUAUGAAGAGCUUCUUUCAACUAAUGAACCAUUUUCCGAGCCAAUUCCUUUGCCGGAAAUGGUAGAUUUUCUAGUUGAUAUUUGGCACGACGACGGGCUGUAUGAUUAGAUAAUCAGUGAUGAACUAUGAUGAAGCUCUGGCAUCGGAGAUUGGUAGACAAUUGGAGAAGUUUUUUCUUUUUCUUUUUUGUGUCUUACAAAUUUAUAGAUUUGGAAUACCUCCAUUGAUAUUCAAGAUUGAGAGUCGCAGUUCCAAGCCUGGAUUGUAUUGGCCUCCUUAGAUUUAUGUAACACACAUUGUGACUGUCAUUCCAGGAUGUUGGAUACGGAUAUCUGUCUUACACGUGUAUGAUGAUUUUUUUUUUCUAUUUAGAGGAUCAUAACUACGUACCAUUGUUCAAAA